AUGUACCUAAGUGAUUUGCAUAACCCAGCGGCUGGGGGCUUGGGAACCGGAGCGUGCAACCCUAGAAGGGAAAAGGACGCGAAGAGCUGGAGCCGCGGCGGGGAGCGAGCGAGCAAGUCUGGGUGUUUGUGUGAGACCCGGGCGGGGGGCUGGGCCGGCCGGCCGGCAUGGCUGAAGGCUACGCUCCGCAACCUUGAAAGAGCGACUGUGGCUGGAGGCCGUGGGGGCAGAGGGAGGCGGGUGCGAUGGCAGAGCGCGGCCCGGGCAGCUGCGCGGGGCCGGGCUGGCUGGCCUGAGCCUCUGCGCUUCCAUGGAGCAGCGGGAAGGGCGAAACUCCGGAGCGCCGCGUCCCUGCGCUGUUACGGCGGACUGUUGACGGGAUCAGCUCCGGCCCGGGCGUCUACGGAGAAAGAGCCCCCGCCCCGGCCCGCAGGCCGGCUGCCCCAGGCCGGGGGGGCGCGUCGCAGGGCAGCGGGCGGCGCGGCGCCGCCUCACUGCGCGGCGCCCUGCAGCUGCGACGGCGACCGUCGGGUGGAUUGCUCCGGGAAGGGCUUGACGGCCGUGCCCGAGGGGCUCAGCGCCUUCACCCAAGCGCUGGAUAUUAGUAUGAACAAUAUUACUCAACUACCAGAAGAUGCAUUCAAGAAUUUUCCUUUUCUAGAAGAGCUACAAUUGGCUGGCAACGACCUUUCUUUUAUCCAUCCAAAGGCCUUGUCUGGUUUGAAAGAACUCAAAGUUCUAACUCUCCAGAAUAAUCAAUUGAAAACAGUACCCAGUGAAGCCAUUCGUGGACUGAGUGCUUUGCAGUCUCUGCGUUUAGAUGCCAACCAUAUUACCUCAGUCCCCGAGGACAGCUUUGAAGGGCUCGUUCAGUUACGGCAUCUGUGGCUGGAUGACAACAGUUUGACAGAGGUCCCCGUACAUCCCCUCAGCAACCUGCCAACUCUUCAGGCAUUGACCUUGGCUCUCAACAAAAUCUCCAGCAUUCCCGACUUUGCAUUCACCAAUCUUUCAAGCCUGGUGGUUUUGCAUCUUCAUAACAAUAAAAUUAAAAGAUUGAGUCAUCACUGUUUUGAUGGACUAGAUAACCUGGAGACAUUGGACUUGAAUUAUAAUAACUUGGAGGAAUUUCCUCAGGCUAUUAAAGCUCUUCCUAGCCUAAAAGAGUUGGGAUUUCAUAGUAAUUCUAUUUCUGUUAUCCCUGAUGGAGCAUUUGGUGGCAAUCCACUCUUAAGAACUAUACAUUUGUAUGACAAUCCUCUGUCUUUUGUGGGGAACUCAGCAUUUCACAAUCUAUCUGAUCUGCAUUCCUUAGUCAUUCGAGGUGCAAGCAUGGUACAGAAAUUCCCCAAUUUGACUGGAACUAUCCAUCUGGAGAGUCUGACCUUGACAGGUACAAAGAUAAGCAGCAUUCCUGAUAACUUGUGCCAAAAACAAAAGAUGCUCAGGACUCUUGACUUGUCUUACAACAAUAUAAGAGACCUUCCAAGUUUUAAUGGAUGUCAUGCUCUAGAAGAAAUUUCAUUGCAACGUAAUCAAAUCCACCAAAUAAAGGAAAAUACUUUUCAAGGCCUGGCAAACCUAAGGAUUCUAGACCUGAGUAGAAACCUGAUCCAUGAAAUUCACAGCAGAGCUUUUGCUAAGCUUGGGCCAGUUACUAACCUAGAUGUAAGUUUCAAUGAGCUAACUUCAUUUCCCACGGAAGGCCUGAAUGGGCUAAACCAGCUAAAACUUGUGGGCAACUUUAAGCUGAAAGACCCCUUAUCAGCAAAAGACUUUGCUAAUCUCAGGUCUUUAUCAGUACCCUAUGCUUAUCAGUGCUGUGCAUUUUGGGGUUGUGACUCUUAUGCACAUUUGAACACAGAAGAUAACAGUCUCCAAGACCAUAGUGUGACAAAGGACAAAGGUACUGCUGAUGCAACCAAUGUCACAAGCAGUGUUGAAAAUGAAGAGCACAGUCAAAUAAUUAUCCAUUGUACACCCUCAACAGGUGCUUUUAAACCCUGUGAAUAUUUACUGGGAAGCUGGAUGAUUCGUCUUACCGUGUGGUUCAUUUUCUUGGUUGCAUUGUUUUUCAACCUGCUUGUCAUUGUAACCACAUUUGCAUCUUGUACAUCACUCCCUUCCUCCAAAUUGUUCAUAGGCUUGAUCUCAGUGUCUAACUUAUUCAUGGGAGUCUACACUGGCAUCCUCACGUUCCUUGAUGCUGUAUCCUGGGGCAGGUUUGCUGACUUUGGCAUCUGGUGGGAGACUGGCAGCGGCUGCAAAGUUGCUGGGUUUCUGGCAGUUUUCUCCUCAGAAAGUGCCAUAUUUUUACUAAUGUUAGCAGUGGUGGAAAGAAGCUUCUCUGCAAAAGGCAUGAUACAAAACGGGAAGAGCAAUCAUCUCAAGCAGUUCCAGGUGGCUGCCCUGUGCGCUUUCUUGGGGGCUGCCGUGGCGGGCUGUUUCCCCCUGUUCCAUACAGGAGAGUACUCCGCCUCCCCCUUGUGCUUGCCGUUCCCGACCGGAGAGACGCCGUCCUUAGGAUACACUGUCACCUUAGUGCUGUUAAACUCCCUAGCGUUUCUAUUAAUGGCCGUUAUCUACACGAAACUGUACUGCAACCUGGAAAAGGAAGACCUCUCGGAGAAUUCCCAGUCUGGCAUGAUUAAGCAUGUGGCGUGGCUGAUCUUUACCAACUGCAUCUUCUUCUGCCCUGUUGCGUUUUUCUCCUUUGCGCCGCUGAUCACCGCCAUCUCGAUCAGUCCUGAAAUAAUGAAGUCGGUCACUCUGAUUUUUUUCCCGUUGCCUGCUUGCUUGAAUCCGGUCCUGUACGUGUUCUUCAACCCAAAGUUUAAAGAAGAAUGGAAGUUACUGAAGCAUCGUGUGACCAAGAAAAGCGGAUCCGUCUCCGUUUCCAUCAGCAGCCAGGGGGGUUGUGUGGAGCCAGACUUCUACUACGACUGUGGCGUGUACUCUGACCUGCAGGGGAACCUGACCGUGUGCGACUGCUGUGAAUCCUUCCUUCUGACAAAACCAGUGUCAUGCAAACACUUCAUCAAAUCACACAGCUGUCCUGCCUUGGCAGUGGCUUCUUGCCAAAGACCCGAGGGCUAUUGGUCUGACUGUGGCACGCAGUCGGCCCAUUCGGACUACGCAGAUGAAGAGGAUUCCUUCGUCUCAGACAGUUCUGACCAGGUGCAGGCCUGCGGAAGAGCCUGCUUCUAUCAGAGCCGAGGAUUUCCUUUGGUGCGCUAUGCUUACAAUCUACCAAGAGUGAAAGACUGAACUACUGUGUUUCCGACCAUUUCCUCAUCAACCAAAAUCACAGUGUUUCUAGAGUGGACCUUAUUCUGAUCUUUCUUCUGGAAAGCAUGUCUGUAAUUACUGUCUGGUACCACUUAGAGGAAGGGGAAGGUGGCAGUUUAUUUCUCAAACCCAGACAUUUUCAAAGAACAGGUGCCUAAACUAUAAAUUGGUGGGGAAAAAAAAUAAAUGUAAUGUCUAAGCCAUGUGGGGUCUGUUUGAAAUAAAUAAAACUUGAAAAGAAUUUGGGUGUAGUCUUGCGAUAUUAUAAAGUUCAUUCUUUGUGAAUCCUAAGAUGCAAAUUUUUAUGUUUCUGAAUAAAGCACAAGAUAGAGAACAGCUGUUAAUAUUUAAAAAGAAAUUAAAUGUGAUUUUAGAUAACUGAAAAGUCUUACUAAUCUUACUUAAUGUUUCACCAUUAAUCUCAGGACAAUUUACUGCAGGGGUGAAAAAGGGACAGUCUCUCAGCUCACACUGUAAGAGUAUGCACAGGCAUUACCUUUUUGUGUUUUGUAUUCUCAUCUUGUUCAUGUGAUUUAUAAAUCUAAAACCUGAAGAUGUUUUUUAAAACAAUAUUAACAGCUGUUAGAUUUCUAAAAACAAAACAAAACAUAGCAGACCAUUUGCUUCGCAUCCUUAUACAUUGCUUUGGUUGUGAUCAUAGUAUUUUUUUUCCUUAGUAUUUUGUAAUUGUACUACUGAGGAAAAGCAACAGGCUAAUUGUUGUGUGGGUUUAGUUGAUUUGGCUAAAAAUAUAUGGAUUUGAAUGGUUCCUGAGGGAUUUAAUGGCUCUGUGCAGUUUUCCAUUAAGUAUUUUUUGUCAUCACUGACUCUACUGAUUUUUUUUUCCAGUUUUGUUGGUAUGUGCUGAACUAACAAUUUGGACUAUACAGAAAGUAAAUCAGGGGUAAAUAUAUUAAGUUAUUGGAAAUAACUUGGAAUAACUGUGACAGAAAGCACUUCCAUUUAGUUCUCAAACCGCUGGAUUCUCCUGCACUGCUAAGUAGAUGUGUCCAUAUACCUUCUCCAUUUUCCCACUUACAAAUGGUUCAUUCAGUGGGUCAGAUGUUGAACCCCAGUUAGACAUUAAAAAUGUGCCAUUAAGGGGGGAGGGUAGAUAAAAGGAAUAAAGUUAAAUGCUCUGUCCUUAAAUAUUUUCUAAGUACUUGAUUUUCAUCUGUGGGCUUCUGACAUGUUUCUGUAUGGAGGCAUAAAGUUAUAAUUGCUCAGUAAGUUUCUUUUUUUUAAACAAGGUUAAAUCAAUUGCAAACCUACUGCCAUGUGAGUUAGCCUGGAUAUACAAAAAAUUAAGCUAAGUUGCAGUUUAAUAAUUAAACUGUACAUACUGUGCAUAUAAUGAAUUUUUAUCUUAUGUAAAUUAUUUUUAGAACACGAGUUGGGAAAUGUGGCUUCUGCUCAUUUAAUUAAAGCUACCUCCUAAACUAUAGUGGCUGCCAGUAGCAGAAAGUUAAAUUGUGGUUUAUAUACUUUUUUUGCAUUGUAAAUAGUCUUGGUUGUACAUUGUCAGUGUAAUAAAAACAGAAUCUUUGUAUAUCAAAAUCAUGUAGUUUGUACAAAAUGUGGGAGGGAUUUAUUUCCAGUGUGCUGUAAUUUUGUAUGGCCAACUAUUUACAAGUUUUAAAAAUUGCUAUCAUAUUUGUAUAUUUACACAUCUGAUAAAUGUUAAAUCAUAACUUGGUAAGAAAAUCCUAAUUAAAACCUUUUUUCCUAAAAUA